GCUGUCUCUCUCCCCACAUACACACACCAGCCAAUCAAGAGCGCAGCAACAGCCCACACGUAGCCUAUGCUGAGCGAGCGCGCGGAGCGGAGAAGCGCCUGGCAGACCCGGAGCGCAGCGCGAGGAAGCCAAACCGCUGUCUGUCAUUAGCUGAGAGUGUGACACAGGAGUGACAGAGGGGAGAGAGGAGAAGGAGGGAGGAGUGAGCGGUCCCGGUAAACAGACGAGCCGGCCUGAGAGGAGCCGAACAAAAAAAGAAGAAGACCCCGAGAGAGAGGAAGGGGAGAAAGGUAGAGAGAGGGAGACUGACAGGCGUUACCGAAAGACAAACCGAAGCGUCGACAUGAGCGGUCAGUUUGAGGAAGAUAUCCACGACCGGGGCGAGAGGAAGAGCAGUAAAUCCCCGACACUGCUCUCCUCUUACUGCAUAGACAGCAUUCUGGGCCGCAGGAGUCCCUGUAAGGUCAGACUGAUAGGGGCUCAAAGUUUGACGGGUCUGCCCGGCAGAGUGGAGCUCGACAAGACCGCCGACGGGCCAACGAAAGAGCCUCUCUCUCUCAGCGCUGACAUGCACCUGCCUCCAAAGCUCCGCCGGCUGUACGGACCUGGGGGGAAGUAUCUCCAUGAGCACGCAGAGAAGCUGGAGAGGGAAAGGCUCCUGCUGGAGCAAGCUAGCGAAAGCCUCAAAAUCAGCCAGGCGCCACAGGUGAGCAUCAGCCGUAGCAAGUCCUACCGAGAGAACGCGUCGCUGAGCCGGGGAGACGGUGACCAGAGCCCCGGAGAGGCCUCGGAGGACGGCAGCAUGGGACUGGUGGAGCUCGGUCCGCUGAAGUUCGAGGAGGACGCGGGGAAGGAGGAAGAGGGCUGCGGGGACGCGGUGGCGCUAUCCCCGAAGGACGAGGAGAGGGAGAGCUUGAACGCCGGGGAUGGGGACGUGAGGGACGGGGAAGACAGUGUGUGUCUGUCGGCGGGCAGUGACUCGGAGGAAGGGAUGCUGAAACGGAAGCAGAGAAGAUACAGGACUACCUUCACCAGUUACCAGCUGGAGGAGCUGGAGAGAGCUUUCCAGAAGACGCACUACCCCGAUGUCUUCACCAGAGAAGAGCUCGCAAUGCGCCUGGAUCUCACCGAAGCCCGCGUUCAAGUGUGGUUUCAGAACCGAAGGGCCAAGUGGAGGAAACGCGAGAAGGCCGGGGUGCAGGCCCACCCGUCAGGCCUGCCAUUUCCAGGCCCUCUUGCAGCGGGCCAUCCUCUCAGCCACUACCUAGAGGGAGGACCCUUCCCUCCUCACCCACAUCCAGCUCUGGAGUCUGCAUGGACGGCUGCCGCAGCUGCAGCUGCAGCCUUCCCAGGCUUGGCUCCACCGCCUCACAACGGCUCUGGCCCACCCUUGGCUGCCCCACUCGGCCUGGGCACUUUCCUGGGCACGGCUGCCAUGUUUCGCCACCCUGCCUUUAUUGGACCCACUUUUGGCAGGCUCUUCUCCAGUAUGGGUCCUCUGACCAGUGCUUCCACCGCUGCAGCUCUCCUCCGUCAGCCCGCACCUCCUGUAGAGAACCCCUCCCACACGGGGCCCGUCCUCCCUGACCCUUCCUCAUCUUCCUCCACUACUACUUCUUCAGCCGCAGCGGACCGCAGAGCCUCGAGUAUCGCCGCGCUGCGCCUCAAGGCCAAGGAACACUCAGCUCAGCUCACCCAGCUAAACAUCCUGCCCACCGGAGCCACAGGGAAGGAGGUGUGCUGAACACUCAACACCAGCUCUAGACCUCCCCGUCCUGGGCUUAUGUCCCAUUCCAUGACACCCCACCCACCCAAAACUCCUCCAAAUACCCCCAUUUGUACCUCUGGAAGCUGAAGUCCUGAUGCCCCCCCC